AUUCAGCAGAAGCAGCAUAGUGCGUCGAGCGGAGAUGGAGGUAGAGCUGACCGGCUGUGAGCUCUUAUAAACUGGAGCUAAGAACAACAUCCGAGCCCGGAGAAUAACCAUGUUUAAUCCCGAACAGUGAACAUCUUCACCAGGAUCGCCUCAGAAACGCCAGCGUCAUGAAACCAGUCCUGUAUUGAGCCUCUCCUCGGUGGGUUGGCAUGGCCCAGUGAUGAACGGAGCGGUGGUGCCCGGUAGCCCCGAGCUCUCCUCCUCGUGCCCACUGCCUGACUGGCGAGAGUUCUGUGAGCUCCACGCUCGAGCUUCUGCUGCAGACUUCGCUGACAAGUUCCAGCGCUUUCUGUCAGAGAAUCCCUGCUACGACUCGCCAGGUGCUGAUGCCAGCUUCUCGCAGCACUUUGCCCAACAUUUCUUAGAGUGCUUCUCUGCAGCGCUGACCCAGGCCCGAGAGAACCAAGCAUCGUCUCCGGGGGAGGACGGCUCCAACGCGGCAGCAAAGUACAGCAUUGUUCCUUUCCUGGGAAUCCAAGGUUGCCCGCUGUCCUACGGUCACGACCUCUACCAGAGACGCAAGGACGCAGGGGCUUCAAGUGAAUCCUUGGACAGUAUGGACAGUGGAGGGGGAGGGAUAGACGGGGGAGGCAGUGGUACCACUGCCUCCAGAGGCCCUCAGACGACCCACAAGGUCUCUGCUCUGGGACAGUCCCGCAGUUCAGAGGAUGUGUCAGUCAGUCACCCAAAGGCUCGCUUCAAGAAGGGCUUCUCCCUGAGGAACAUGAGCCUGUGUGUGGUGGACGGAGUGAAGGAGAUGUGGCAUAGACGGGCCUCCCCCGAACCUGAUGCUCCCUCUGGGGCCAGGAAGGCUAACGGGGGAGGAGGAGGGGAGGCUGGGGGAGGGGAGAAGUGGUCCCAAAAGCUGCGGCUUCCACGGGGUUCCCAGGGCCACAAGGCUGAGCUGCUGGAAAUCCAAAGAGAGGGAGCCCUGAGGUACAUGGUGGCUGAUGACACAAACUGUAUGGGUGCUGCACAGUGGCAGAAGUGCCGUCUGCUACUGAGGAAGGCAAAGAGGGAGGAAGGGGAAAGGUUCCUGCUGGAGUUCUACGUGCCACCCAAGUCGUCAAAGCCCAAAGUUAGCAUCCCUCUGUCGGCCAUUGUGGAGGUGCGGACCACCAUGCCGCUGGAAAUGCCUGACAAGGACAACACCUUUGUCCUUAAGGUGGAAAACGGGGGAGAAUAUAUCCUGGAAACUAUUGACUCGCUGCAGAAAAACUCGUGGGUUGCUGACAUCCAGGACUGCAUAGACCCCGGUGACAGUGGCGAUGACAUCGAGUUGGCGUCGUGUCCUCAUGGUCAGGCCUCUAAAGACUGCUCCAUGGUGGCCUCUUGCAGCUGCGAGCUGCUUUCUGAGGGAGUGUACCGUGCUCCGGAGAGAUCGUGUUCUACAGCAGCAGAGCAUUACAGCACCUCCUCAGUCCGUUGCAGGGAACCUCCUUUCACCCAGCACCCAUCUCACAUGCCUUUAGAGCGCUUCCUCCAGUCCCCAGAGGCCCAGGGCUCCAACUCUUCUGCAGGUGGCGGUGGUGAAGGAUCAAAAGACUCAGAUGGAGAUGCCAGCUUGGCAGGUUACCCGUGGUUCCACGGCACGUUGUCUCGCGUACGUGCAGCUCAGCUGGUGCUCGCUGGCGGGGCAAGAAGCCAUGGGCUGUUUGUGAUUCGUCAGAGCGAGACGCGCCCGGGCGAGUACGUUCUCACCUUCAACUUCCAGGGCAAAGCCAAGCAUUUGCGUCUGUCGGUUAACGAGAAUGGGCAGUGCCACGUCCACCACCUCUGGUUCCACACCGUAUCGGACAUGUUGCGACACUUCCACGCCCACCCGAUCCCCCUUGAAUCUGGAGGUUCAGCUGACAUCACGUUACGCUCCUAUGUACAAGUACAGCGGAGCUCAAACACAGAUGCGACCUCGCCUCCAGUCCUCACUCCAUCCAGGGAUGCAGUGUGCCGCACAGAUUCAGCCCAGCCAGCUCUUCAUGCUCCUGGAAUCACAGCACCUACGGGGCCUCCAUCUGAUGCCCCACUUUCUUCAAGCACCUCCUCCUCACCCACCGCCCUUCCCUCCCUCUCCCGCAGUGACCCAGGUACCGGAGGAGGAGUAGGUGGAGGCUUACAGAGCCGGAGCAACAGCUCUGAACGCCUGCUGGAGGCCUCUAGUGGUACAUCUGAGGACUACCAUGAUGCUGAUGGGACUCGCAGGGCCCGAGCUGUGGAGAACCAGUACUCUUUCUAUUAAAUGACCCAGGGCAGGUCCAGUCAUAUAUUUUCUGACUGGAAGAGAUGCAGAAAGUUGGAGGCUACGUAGGCGGCUCUGCUGAUGAUGAAAAUGGUCCAAAUUACUGGAUCACCCAUCAUCCUGUUUGUUUAUUUUUGUUUUAAGGCAAUUUCCUGUUUCUCUAAUUUGACAAGGGAGGGGAUGAUGAUGCUAAGCAGUGUGCCCAUGCUCAUAAGCCCCUCUGCCUCUGUGGAUUUCUUUGAGUUAAUGGAAACAGUGAGGGCUGCAGGUAGAAAAGGAUGAGUUAAGAUUGAGAAGGAGUUGUUUAAAAAAAAAAAAAGAAAAAGCAGUGUGGGGAAUAUAAUCGUAGGUGGAGAAAGCAAGAGGAAGUCAUCCAGUAGAGUCAUAUGGCUUUGAUUCAUCUCUUCUGACCACUUCCCGUUCACCCUUACUCACAGUUCGCUGGGAGCAGAGCCUGUGUGUGUCACCACCCUGCUGCAAGUUUGCAAGUUUGAAAUGACAGUUCCUCCCUUCUGAGCUCUGUUAAUGUUUGUAAAGCUGCUUUGAGCCCGUCCCGGAUAUCCUCACUUUCCCUGUGGGCUUUUCCUACAGAGUACUGCUCUGGGUCUUUGCUCUACACUAACAUCAGUACAGCAAUCAUGGGUGUGUUAGUGUUAGCUUGGAGAUGUUUUUCCUGAACAUGUACAGCCUAAAGGGUCUUAGUGCCUGAUAAUUAUCUUACCUUGGACAGCAAGGAGGAUGACACGUCAUCAUCACAUCAAUCCAAAAAUUAAAGAUGAUUAUUUUACUGUUUAAAACAUACUGAACCUGCAUUUCUCUGCGUACUGGUUUCUUCUACAGUUUUAUUGAUGGCUGACACACACACACACACACACACACACACACACACACACACACACACACACACACACACACACACACACACGUACACGGUCAUAUGUUGUGUUACAAAUCAGUUUAAAACUGUUGAAAUGGAACAUGAACAAGUCUGCACGAACAGGAAAGCGUGGCUCCAAUUUUGUUGUCCUACUGGGGUAUUUCUAUGAGUGUGUGGUGGUGUAUUAGAGUCCAAAUAUUUUUCGAUGAUCGGUGUGCUACGGUAGUGUUUCUGAAACAUGGUUUUCGGGGUCCCUCCAUCUGGUGAUGGUUCUGUAUUCACGCUCAUCAUAUGAAUAACCUGUAGAUUAGAUAUCCUGUUGAUAUAGAUCACAUCGAAGUAAUGCCUUGAAGAUAUUAAUAUACCAAAUCCAGCAUUUAUCGGAGGGACUUGGGACAUAUUGUUUUGAAUGGUGGCAGUAUUGUGUACUGUAUAUGUGGCCCGCAGGUGCGCUUGUGGGUGUGACCUGGAAUGAUACAGUUAGUCAAAUAAAGGUUACUAGAUGGCCAUGCUUGAAUGGGAAAAUAUGGCUUCACUGCCUUACUUUAUGGUGACACAGAGCUAAGCUUUAUGCUAAAAAUGAAUAAAGAAAACAUGAUUUUCACAAAAGGAAAAGUGUGACAUCUUUGGAAAUAUUGCUCAGACUAUUACAAUUAUUAUUAGUAAUGUAAUACCACCAGAGCUCUGUUACAGAGAGCCUGGUCACUUCCUGCUACUGCCAUUGUACUUAAAUUGGCUGCAGUUCACCUGGAGAGUGAACAGCGGCAAAGUCCUCAAUGCAUGGGAGUGAAUAGAUUAGCAGAACUUAUCUGGACCCGCGCUGGAUUUUAUUUCAACUUUGUAAAUAUAUUAUCAAUUGUUUUGAUUUUCUUACAGUGGAACAGAUUUUUUUAUAUUGAAAACUAGAGCAGUAAGGGAUUUAUGACAGGACAUCCUCCCUCAGUGGCAUGUUUCCAAACUAUGACUCUGACUGACGUUAGGAGCAUAGUCAAAUCAAAAGAGAAACUUUCCUGUGCAUAAGAAGCAGUUGGUUGUGGUGGUAAGUGGUGGCUGCUGUCAGGUGAUUCCUGGUAGAAAUCUCAUGCUACUCAUUUCAUGUCUUAAACCAGACAUGCAACAUCUGUAAUGCUUACAGGUGUUUUACUAUGCGUUCCCAUAGAAAGUAAAAAAAUUGAAUUAUAUCUAUCGUCUCAGACACGUUUAUCAAAAACAUAAUAAAAUUUGCCUGAAAUGUUUGGUUGGUAUUUUUUUUCCCCCACAUGAACCAGUUCAUUCUGGAUUAUCUUGUGAAACAGGAAGUUCUGUUUCCUUUGAAGCCACACUGCCAAAAGGUGAUUAAUUUAGCUCAAAGACUGGAAACACAGGGGACAGCUUUCCAGGCCGUGUCUCAGUUGUCCAGUGUGUACAAAAAUACAUAUGGAUUGCAUGCCGGACUAAUUUUUGGUUGGAGCUACUUUCCAGGCGACCUGCAAAUUCUCCCAAACAAAAGAAUAGGCCGAACUGCUGAUAAAACCAAUUAAAGGAGACAUAAGUGAGCCUUGGAGGUGCCCAUAGAUGGAUAUUGUCACCUUGAAGAGAGCCAGGCUAUCUUAGCUGCAUCCUCUUUGUUUCCGGUGUUAAAUCCAGAGUGAUGAGAUUUUGUUCCCACUGGACAAUAACCCAUGAUAUCUUUCCAGCACACUGCAAUUCAAAUGGUCUGAGAUGGGACCAUCUUUCUUUCAUCUGAGACUAUAGCCAAUCACAGGUAUUUUCAGGCCAGGUCAGGUGUGUGGAAAGUGUUAGUACAGUGGGUUAAGCAGAGGCCCUUCAGAGUACCUGCAUAUGCCCAUGCUCAUCAGAUGGGAAGGUCUUAGAGGGGAGAGCUGUGCUAGAUUUUCACCUGCUACAGCCUUAUGCUACUGGAUGGUCUAAAUGAUAGAUUUGGCAACUCCAGCUUCAUAUUUACUGUCAUCAGUCAUCUGAACUGUCUCUUGGCAAGACAGUAAACAAGCAUAUUUCCUAACAUGUCAACCUUUUUUUUUAUUUUACAUAUGAAGACAAAACAGACAAAUUUCAAGUCAUUGCAACAGCCAAGCAAGCAGCUACAUGUAACAGGUGGCACAUAUGCAACACUUCAGUUGUAAAAAAAAAAAAAAAAACAUAUCAAGAGUUAACUGUCCUUUCAAGCGUGGCCAUUUAGCCUUUCAAAUAAUUGCAGUCGAGGAGUGGAUGGAGCAGUUCAUGUGCCAAUUUGAAUCCUAUUUUUGAGACAUAUUUAUUCCUCAGCUGUUGUAAAAUGACAUCCUAUUGAGUCUUACUUAUGUACAAUUGAUUGAUUCUUCUUGUUUGUUGCAAGAAAGCCAUCUCACAUAUCACAGAUUACUCAUGUCUCCCUUUUUAUUUUCUUAACACUCUUACAGCUGAAUUUUCUGUUGUCUGACUGAGUUUUGAAGAGUCUGUGCAAUUUUGUACAAAGUGAUGUACUUGACAUACUACUUUAUA